AUGGCGCUCGGUGUCUUGACGGCGCUUCAAUCGCCGGCUGUCUGGGUGGCGGCACUCGGUGUCUAUUGCGGUGUGUACCUGCUGCUGCUAAAGAAGAAGCUGCCGCGCACUUGGUGGCUGCCGCUCACCAAAUGCUACUUCUGGCCGAUGAUUGGACCGACGUUCGUCGCCCGUCGUUUCAUCUCCCCGCAGCCGUACUUUUCGGUGGUCGACGAUGUGCUUCUGCUCGGCGCUGUGCCGCUGGCCUGCAUGGGGCAUCCGCGUGAGCUGCACGAUAUGGGCGUGCGUGCGGUCGUCAACAUGCAGGCCGAGUACGGCGGCCCUGUCGCCGCCUACGCCGCGCUCUCGCCGCCGAUCGAGCAGCUUCACCUGCCGGUGACGGAUCACAUGGAGCCCACUCUCGGGCAGCUGCAGCAGGCCGUCGCCUUCAUCAGCGAGCAGGUGCAGAAGGGAGCAGAGGAAGGGAAGUCGCGGGUCCUCGUGCACUGCAAGGCGGGGCAUGGCCGUGGUGCGGCCGUUGCCUUCGCCUACCUCUUGAGCGAGCAUGGGCUUUCGAUGGCGGAGGCGCAGCGGCGGCUGAGCGCCGUGAGGCACGUGCGGCGGAAGCUGCACAGGCAGGUCGGCCUCCUCGAAUACGCGAGGGCUGUCGGCGCCACACCGACAGACUCGGGAAACGGUCUUCCUCCCUUCAUCCAGGAGAAGGCUGCCCACGAGAUGCUCUGA